UUGCCACAAAACUGAUAAUCAGAGCAAUCGCAAACCAUAAACUGUUUUACAGUUUAGAAGACAAUGUUUCUUCGAUUUUGUACCAUGAUAUCAUUGGUCCUCCUAGGAUUUGGCGUUGCCUUUUCGCUGGGACAGAAUUACACAGAACCUCUUGUUUUGGAGGGAAAGUGUCUGGUGGUUUGCGAUGCGAACCCGUCUGUAGAGGGAGCAUUGACCUCUUCCUUCGGGAUAUCUGUCUGGGCAAGCGGUGCUAAAGUGGCUUUCUCUGCACUCAGGGGAACGAACCACGAACCAUCUGAUAUGAGCAAUACGUCUCCGACCAUCUACUUUGACCAAGUAUUAGUGAACAUUGGCAACCAUUUCAAGCUGCAAGCGAGUGUAUUUCAAGCACCAAGAAGAGGCAUUUACAGUUUUAGCUUCCAUGUGGUGAAGGUUUACAACCGACAGACUAUACAGGUAAACUUGAUGCACAAUGAAUACCCUAUAAUAUCAGCUUUCGCCGGGGACCAUGAUGUCACUCGAGAGGCUGCGAGCAAUUCAGUCCUUCUGCACCUGGAACGAGAAGACAAACUCUACUUGAAGCUUGAGAGGGGGGAUCUAAUGGGUGGCUGGAGGUACUCAACGUUUUCUGGAUUCUUGGUGUUUCCACUCUAA